AGAAAUUCUUCAGUAACCAGAGGUCAUACAACUCGCAUGGACUUCACAACUUAGUCACCCUCAGGAUCGAUUUUAGAAACCACACCUUAUAGAGUUCAAUCAUGGCCAAGAAAAGCAAGCUUCUGACUGCCCUGGACGCCUACAAAGGACGAGAUUAUGAAGCAGAGAAGAGGCAGAAACAAGUAAAAGCAGCAGAGAAGCGCAAGCGCCAAAAGUCCGAGAACGCAAAGGAACACGAAGAGCCUGAACAAGAUGGUGACAAUGUCUCAACCGACCAGAACGGAAAUGCCUCGUUAAAUCAAGGUGAAAAGGAGGAGUUUGCUUCGUUCUCGAACGAAGAAGACCAACCCAAUGGCACCAGCACUACGAUUCCUCAACCAUCCGUCCCUGUCGACGCAUCCGCCUCCGAAGCCGAGAAUGAGUCGGACGUUCCUCUUUCCGACCUCGAAGACGAAGACCUCGAAGACACAAUCCCACACCAACGCCUGACCAUCAACAAUGGUCCCGCCUUGCUCGCCUCGUGCAAGCGCAUCUCUCUGAUCAAGAACCCGAAAUCCACACCUUUCCAUGCACACAACAGUCUCGUUUCCUCCCUUCCCGCCACCGAAACAUCCAUCCCAGACCCGAACGACGAUCUGACCCGCGAACUCGAAUUUUACCGCAUCGCGCGCGACGCCGCCGUCGAAGCACGCGCCUUGCUCAAGAAAGAAAACGUCCCGUUCUCCAGACCGGCAGAUUACUUCGCCGAGAUGGUCAAGUCGGACGAACACAUGGGACGGGUGAGGAAGAAGAUGUACGAUGACGCCGCGAGCAAGAAGGCGGGCGAGGAAGCGAGAAAGUUGCGCGACGCAAAGAAAUUUGGAAAAGCCGUGCAAGUGGCCAAGGAGCAGGAGCGCGCACGCGAGAAGAGGAAUACUUUGGACAAGAUUAAGGAGUUGAAACGAAAACGAAAAGGCCAAGAUACAGGCAAAGUCCGCGAAGACAAUGACGACGAGCUGUUCCAGAGCGUUGACGUCGACAAGGCGCCCGCCAAGGACCGAUUGGGGCGCGAGCGUGGUGCCGGUUCCGGACCGAACGUCAAGAGACAGAAGCGCGACCAUAAGUACGGCUUCGGUGGGAAGAAGCGACAUUCCAAAAGCGGCGAUGCAAUGAGCAGUGGCGACUUGGCUGGGUUUUCGGCCUCGAAGAUGAAAGGCAAAGCCAAACGGCCUGGCAAGAGUAGACGAGCGGCGGGGCGUUGAACAGUACGGCACGAGGGUAUUGGAAGGACGAAAGAAAAAGAUGAUUCAAUGCUAUGUCUGGUCUGGUCGCUAUAAUCAAAAAGCAGAAGGGGUAUCACGGUUAUACAUCAACUUCGACAUGCCCACCACAGCGCCACUGCUGCUUUGCGCCAUCUCCGAAGCCUCGCUUAUGCCAAAAGUCAUGCAGCCCAAUGCCCUAAGAAGGACUGCAGAUGCCCUAUUUGAUACUGCCUGCCGACUCGCUUGGCUUCUUGGGUGACAAGAUCUAGCAUCUCUUGCGCUUCGGGUCCGGGUGGAAGUUCUGGCAAUGCGUCAGGGUCAUAAUGCCCAUUGAGCUGUCGACUUGGACUAUCUUCACGACUGCCCGCCGAGUCAGCUGUCGCUUCUCUCAAACGGGUGGGGAGCGGAGGCGCUUGUCGACGGGUCACCAGCGAGGGUGCUGGUAUGUCGCUCAUCUCUUCAUCCUCGUCCAGAGAAUCGGCCGCACCUCGAGCGCGUUUGUGAGCUUUACUAGCGCCACUAGGCCGCAAGACAGAUUUCAUGCGAUGACGCUGUUUGUCCGGCUUGCCGGGCGUCUUCAUGGUCUCGUCGGCGACUUCUCCUGCUAGAGUGGCUUCUAGCUCAUCAUAGAUUCUCCGGGUAGACCAAUUGAACUUCUUGCGAAGUUUGGCCUCAUUCAUAAGUCGGAGGAGUUCGUCGGCGGAUCGCUCGAAAGCAGCCACAGCGUCAUCGUGUGUACCUUCGAAAGCAGCUAGUUUCUCUAGUUCCGUUGCAGCCUCG